AUGACGGAUAGAUUGACGCAAUUGCAAAGAUGUUUAGAUCAAGUGAUGGAGCAGUUUUGUGCUACUCUUAAUUUUAUUGAUAAGAGGCAUGAUUUUGAACCUUUCAAUGAUAAGGAGCCGAAGAUGACAGACAAGCACGCUAGUGUAGCAACACCCGAAGAAUUCAGCAAUGGUAUAGAUGAACUUUCAACGGACAUAAUCGUGAAGAUAAGACAAAUAACGACCCUCAUUGACUCGUUACCUGGUGUUGGUGUUUCUGCCGAAGAGCAACUACAUAAGAUAGAUAGUCUGCAGAAAAAACUGGUGGAUAUAGAAGAUGAAAAGAUACAUGCAAUUAAAAAGAAAGACGAUCUGCUCAAGCAAGUUGAUGACUUGAUCACAGUAUUUGUAGGAGGAAUAGCUGACUCAAGAAGAGGAACUAGUUUAGCUCCAGAAAAUGUACAGGAAGAUAACGACAUCAAACAGGAAGCAGAAGUACCGACCAGCUCUGAAGCUAUCGAACAAAAAAUUGCAAAUGAGAAAAUUGAAUCAAAAAUUGAAGGAGAAUACAAUGAUAAUAUAAAUGAAGACUCCGAUAGCAAGAGUGCAGAUUCAGAGCUAUUUAUGGACAAAGAUGAUGCUGAUAAUAUUAGUGAAUCCAUUUCGCCAGGUAAAAUAUGA